AUGGCUUUCAGCCUGCUCUGUCGACUACGAGACCGAGGACUCAGAGAGGUCAGGUGGGGGCACAAAUGCGAAGCCUUGAAAGGCACCGUGCACUUCAAGCCGGGAGAGAGGACGAAGACGAUCAGUUUGCGAUUCUUCGAGGAUGAUGUGUACCAGGGCUCGACAGUGGAGGUAAGCAUUAGGCUUUCGAGCCCACAAGGGUGCGUUCUCGGGGCCUACCUGAAACGGGUCCGCGUUAAGCUGCUGGACAAUGGUACCUUUCCCACAAACAAGUUCGCCAAGUACCUCAAGGAAGACUACAGUGCCGAGUCUUGGAAAGAGGGCCAAGAUUUCAGUAUGUUCGUGGAGUUUUGCAAGUUUGUCUUCAAGCAGACAACUUCUGGGUCUAUCAAGAUGGUCGUCGCAGGCCAGGUCAACAACCUGAUAUUCGUUUAUGGACUCUGGAUCAUGAGGGUAAUCGUGAACGCUCUGGACCAUGAUGAUAGUGUCGGUGAUCCUCCCAGUUUGGUGUACGUGACCGUGCUCGCGCUCUGUCUUGUGCUUCCCUUCGGGCUUACCCACCUAAUCGCGUAUCAGAGCUCAGGGUGGGGCGUUGGAGGCGGCGCUCGAAAGGUGUUGCUCGAGGGGUUGAUGUCAAAGUUUUUGUACUUUGAGGAAAAAAGCCGUCACAAACUGAAUCCUUACGAAUGGAUAGCUGUUUUCAAUACUGAGGUCACGACGCUAGUGAAUGACGGCUACAUGCAAGUGUUCACACUAAUAACUGCCAUUGGCAAAGUCGUUCUCCUGGCAUUAUUUAUAACUUCUACGGCUUUCACGGGCUAUUUCAACACGAGGAGAAGGGAACUUUUCGUCAGUAUCGUACCAUUUUUCAUCUUGCCGCCAGUCAUCUGUUGUUAUCUUGCAUUGCGACUGCGUGAUGCCAAUGACAUGCGCCACGACGUAGUCGUCGCCUCGGUUCGUUUGAGACAAUUUUCGGGUGAGUGCGUGUUGCAUUAUCGCACGAUUGCAGACUAUUGGAGCCGGCCGGUAGUGUUAGGACAAAUCAUGAGAUUGACGGGUGACUUUAACAAGAAGGUGGCAGACGAGAGCCGAAGGGAGGUGAACGACGGGGCCUUCUUUGGAUGGUUGAUGAAGUUGGUUGAGUUCUGCGCCAUCUUUGGACUGAGUGCAGUAGUGAUCAACGGUGGUAUUAAAAUUGGCACCUUCGCUGCCGUUUUGGCUGGCCUAAAAAGUGCAGCGCAGGAGUUCCAGGGCGCUUACCACACCAUGGUUACAAUGCAGGCUUGCUUUCCAUACCUGUGGAGGUGCGUCAGGUACUUGAACUUGCCCAACGACUUAUGGGAGCGCAGAGACAAGCUCUCAGAAGUGAGGCGUUGGUUUGAUGAGCGCGUCGAUCUGGAGCGGCUGCAAGCCCCAGGAGAGAUACCCGAAGACAGGAUUCCUCUCCGCGUGGAAAGCAUCACAUUCGCUUACCAAGGGGGGACCUCGCCCAUCUUCCGCAACUUGACAUUGGCAAUCAAUCAGGGAGAGUUCGUUGCUAUCCUUGGGCCGCGCAGUUCAGGCAAGAACACCCUCCUCCAGAUAUUGGCUGGGUUGCUCCUUCCAACCGCAGGCAGCAUCAACGUACCACCGCAUCUGCGCGUGCUGCACCUGAGGUAUGAGCAACAUCUCUGGGACAGGCCUUUGUCCGACACCCUGUAUUUUGGAUGGAUGGCCGCCCACGGUGUGACUCGGGUCGAAGAUUUGGACGAGCACACGAUCGCGAAAGGAUUGGAUAUCUGCAAGGAGCUAGAGCUUCACAAGAACCUGGUCAACACAAUCGAACGUGAGGUGAGAUCGCGAACCAAUCCGUCCAUCAAGGGGAUCGGAAAGCUUGCAGACAGAAGUGACAUCUCCAAAGAUUCCAGCUACAGGCUGCAGUUAGCCUGCGCUCUACUCGCACACCCAGAGGUCUUGGUAGUUCACACGCCUGUGGCCCAUGCCGCCUGGAACGACGGGGGCCGCCUGAUGGACGUGCUCCGACGCUACGUGGACGAGCGUGGCAUGUGCUCUCCGCCUGGCCAGGUGCAUAUCCGACGGCCGCGCACGUGCGUAGUGUCUAUGGAGAAGCCUGUCUACCUGGGGAAAGCCCACCGGGUUCUCGAGAUCGAGGACGGGCAGGUCAGACAGAGGACAGCCCACAGCAUCAGCUAG